UGAGCUGUCAGCUGAAGCAGGAGCCGAGUACCAACCAGCUCGACACAGACACCCGGAAGGCACGAAAGUCAAUUUGAGAGGGCAGCAUGAAUCGCUUUAAGACCUCCAAAUUCAAAAACACCUCUCCGAAAGUUGCCAAGAAAGAUGAAUGGAUCAACAAUGUUCGUGCUGGCUCCUUCUCCUGCCAGGGGAACCACAUCAAAGCGAGCUCCAAGCUGGUGGCCUUUAACACCGAGCAGGCUGGUGGAGGUAUGCUGGGCCUGUCGUCAGUCAAGCCUGGUCCAGACGGCCAAUGGGCAGUCACCCAGAUUUCCUGCCAUUCUGAUCUGGUGACUGACAUGGACUUUUCUCCUUUUGAUGAGAGUCUCCUGGCAACAUGCUCUGGAGAUGAAACGGUGAAGCUGUGGCGUUUGUGUGAUCCAGAGCUUGCGCAGCCCAGUGGGCCAGAGGUGACCCUUCGCCCUAGUCAGGGCAGGCUGGAGCUGGUGGUCUUCCACCCCACCUCCUCCGGUUUGCUGGCUGUCAGCACCACCAAGUCACCCCUCAUUUGGGACACCAGCCGCCAGGAUGCACCGCUAGCAGCUCUGGAGCAGCACAGUGAUCAGCUGCAGAGUCUGAGUUGGAAACGGGACGGCUCCCUGCUGGCUUCUUCCUGCAAGGACAAGAUGCUGCGAGUGUUUGACCCCCGAGCCCAGCUGACACCUGUUCAGAGUGCCAAGAGCCUUCAGCACAACAAGGACUCACGCAUCCUGUGGACCAAAGAUGAUCUUUUAUUGACCACCGGCUUUGAUAUGAUGCGUAACCGGGAGGUGAGGCUGUGGGACAGCAGAAAGUUGAACUCUUCGGUCAGCUCUGUGUCACUUGGGACUUCCAGUGGGACGCUGAUCCCUCUGUUUGAUGAUGACACUGGCUUGGUCAUACUGGCUGGCAUGGGAGACACUGCGGUUGAUUGCUUUGAAGUCUCUGCCGCGGAACCUUUCCUGUCUCAAGUGAGCCACUGUCUGACCGAUGCUUCAACACGAGGGGUUGCCACGAUUCCCAAGCUGGCAUUGGAUGUCAUGUCCUGCGAAGUGAUGCGUGUGCUUCAGCUGACAGACAGCUGCAUUGUGCCAAUCAGCUAUCAAGUUCCUCGCAAGAAUUCAGGCAACGAGUUUCAUGCAGACCUUUACCCAGACACAGUGGGCACAACGCCGGCUAUGUCUGCUGAUGAGUGGUGGCAGGGAGGGAACAAGCAGGUGGACAAAGUCAGCCUUCAGCCAGACAAACGGCUCAAACCCAAGGCUCCAGCAGCCAAUAAUACACCUGCAAAGAAGGAAGUGGCCAGUGGGGUGAGCAAGGAGGAUACGGCACGUGGCUGCUCCACCUCCAGCAGUCCCCUGAGCACUCCCAGCAGCAGCGCCGCCCCUACCCGCUCUCCCUCCUCCACCUCUGGCCUCUCCUCAGGCUUCGUCCCAUCCCCCAGUCCCAGCCAGAGCGCCAAGAAUAUCCAAAACCUGCUGGGGCCAACCUCCAAGUUCCGUCACAUCCAGGGUGCAGUCAUGCACCGCGACACACACAUCACCAACAUACGGGGCCUCAACCUGACUACACCAGGGGAAUCUGACGGCUUCUGUGUCAACCGUGAACGUGUGGCAGUGCCCCUUGCCAUCUCUGGAGGCCAAAUUGCCAUCAUGGAGCGGUCCCAGCCAGGCAGGCUGCCAGACACAGCUUUCCCCACCAUCCAAAACUCUGUGAAUGUGUCUGACCUCUGUUGGGACCCCUUCAACACACACCAGCUUGCUGUGGCUGGUGAUGAUGCAAAGAUACGGUUGUGGCAGAUACCAGAGGGAGGGCUCAAAGAGACCCUGACUGAGCCUGACCUCAUCUUGCAAGGCCACUUGGAGAAAAUCUACUCCAUCAGGUUUCACCCUAUGGCCAGUGGACUACUGGUGUCUUCAUCUUAUGAUCUCACAGUCAGAGUGUGGAACCUGGAGAGCGGAGAGCAGGUCAAGCUCCUCACUGGACACGAGGACCAGGUGUUUGGCAUGGCUUGGAGCCCAGAUGGCAAGCUCCUGGCCACAGUGUGCAAAGAUGGCAAAGUUCGUAUCUAUGACCCUCGCAAGUCUACUUCACCUGUGCAGGAGGGUCCAGGUCCUGAGGGCCACAGAGGAGCUCGAGUAGUGUGGGUGUGUGAGGGCAAGUACCUGCUGGUCUCAGGAUUUGACAGUCGCAGUGAAAGAGUUCUCUACCUGUACUCUGCUGACUCCCUGUCCUCUGGAGCCGUAGCUAGCACUACUGUGGAUGUCUCCCCCUCUACACUCAUCCCUUUUUAUGACCCUGACACCAGUGUGGUCAUCCUCACGGGAAAAGGUGAUACCAGAGUGCACAUUUAUGAGAUAGUCCCUGAGACUCCCUACUUUGUUGAUUGCAGCAGUUUUCAUUCUCCUGAGCCACACAAGGGCUUGGCCUUUCUGCAAAAGUCAGAGUGCAAUGUGCGUGAUGUGGAGAUAGCUAUGGGACUAAUGCUAACCAAGACAACCAUCGAGCCAGUGGUCUUCAGAGUGCCACGUGUCAAGAAAGAGUUCUUCCAGGAUGAUGUGUACCCUAACACAGCAGUGUGCUGGGAACCAGCGCUCACUGCCUCUGCUUGGCUCUCCGGUAUCAACGGCAAACACAGAAAGAUCAGCCUGAAGCCUAAAGACAUGACACCAGUGAGCGAGGCCCCCAAAGAAGCUCCAGUCAGGAAAUACCUGCCCUCAUCUGUUUACCUGGAGGAGAAGACUGAUGAACAGAAGAAAGAGGAGCUACUGAGUGCCAUGGUGGCUAAGUUGGGAAACAUGGACGACCCGCUGCCACAGGAGUCCUUCGAGGGAGUUGAUGAGGACGAGUGGGAUGACUAAAGGGGGACAUCGCUUCAAUCAGUUCAAUCAGUUCACUCAAUGAUGCCAACAAAAGAGAGGAGAGAGCAGCUGGAGUCACCCAGUUAUCCUCUGAGCUCUAUCAGCUACAUCUCAGCCUUCCUGCACACUUCCUCAAAGAAUACUGUACAAUGUAAUAAUCUAAAUGGUUUCAAGUAGAAAGAAAAAUCACAAUCAUUAAAAGCUCUGGUAUUUGCAGUAUAUGUAUCACAAUAUGUUUGGGUUUUGAAAUUCAAAUGUCACAUGGUUAAGCUGAUGUUCAUCAUUUCAGACUGCAUGAAAUUUAGUAUGAAACUCAAUUUCCAGAAAUCAUUCUGGGAUAAAUCUAAAUUAAGUUUAUUCUGACUAUAAAAUUAUUUCACACUAUUCACAGUAUUAAAAAUAAAAUAAAUCACAAUACAGGAUGAUGCAACAAUAAAUACCAGACAGUUCUUCUCCGCUGAUAUUGUAUAAUAUAGUUCCAGUCAACAGGUAAAUCAAAGUCUAUACAAACGGCAGGUAAACAAAGCAAUAAUACUUCUGCUUUUAUCUUACAUUAACAGUUAACUCCUGAUCAUGGGUUGCACUGUCUACAAACAAGCAAACUUUUUUUUAAACUGGAUGAUGAUUUGAGCACAGCUUCUAUUUGUGUCUGUGGUCUGUAGUAAUGGUAUGAGCAUGAUAGUUCACUCUGGUGUCCUCAUAUAAAAGAAUAACGGUCAAAUGUUUGUGCCCAGUAUGUUAUUUUCUGAUAAUGGGAUAUACGGUUGUGAAUUAUUGUGUACAAAGUUGUUAUCUGUGUGCACAUUUACCUCCACAGUGGACCACUGCUUGCUUUUUUCCUACUGGUUAGUCAGGUGAGCACGCUCAGUCAAAUAAUGUCUUUGAAAAAUGUAAUGUUGCAAAAAAACGGUUAAUGAUCUCAAACAUCAUGCAUCUGAUAAAAAAAAAACCUUGUCUUCCUGUUUCAGUCAGGUGAAACACACGCACACACACACACACACGCGCACACACAC